AUGAAACGAGAUGCUACGGACUUGGUGAAGAAAUGCAACGCAUGUCAAAGGUUUGCAAAUGUACCGCGAGGUCCCCCCGUCUAUCUUCAACAAAUGAACAACCCUUGGCCUUUUGCCAUAUGGGGCAUCGACUUGAUCGGGCUACUUCCGACAGCUCGUGGUGGGUAUAAGCAUACUAUUGUGGCCUUAGAUUACUUCACCAAGUGGGCAAAGGUGAAGGAGCUCGCACAGAUAUCUACCGCAAAGGUAGAAAAGUUUGUAUUGAACAACAUCAUCUGCAAGUUCGGAGUCCCUCAAAAGAUAGUCACAGACAACGGAACCCAGUUUACCAGCGAGCAGUUCGUCCAAUUUUGUGAGUCACUAGGGAUCAAGAAGAGUUUCACAGCCGUGGACCACCCACAAGCUAAUGGGCAGGUUGAAGCUGUCAACAAAAUAAUCAAGCAGAUAUUAAAGACUAGGUUAGAAGCCAGAAAGGGUGCCUGGGUGGACGAACUACAAACUGUGCUCUGGGCUACCGAACUAUAG